CUAUAGACGUAAUUAAAGCUGUAGGUGCUGAAGGGCAGGCCGUGUUUCCUGUGACAUUAUGCCCUGGUUAUAUCUGCCUAGAAUUUGGGAGUCCCCUAAACAUUGGCGUUUCCAGCAUCAGAAGACUAAUUCUACCGUAGAUUAAGACAGAAAGCAACAUUCUGAAAGCCCGCACUAGGGAUUUAUCUCAAUCCAGCGCCCUCUAGGUUAUUGCAUCAUUUCUCUGUUGCCAGGCUUCAGGUUUUAUUAGCGCUUUGGCGAUUGGUCGCUAGCGCACCCCGUAGCGUUGGUGGUUGCCUGGCAGCGGGCAAAGUUGGACGAGCCGUACCAAUAUGGCGCAGGCUCACAGGGAAUCAGUGCUGGCUGCCGCCUGUGUGAGGACCCCUGUGAACCCCUACACCAAAGCACCGCUUACCCUGUACGAACGGGAGCUCGGGGAUAGGCCGCACCCAUCUGCCUCUGUGUCACCGCGGGGACCUGCAAGGACAUCAAUGGAGGUUCCUGCUGAUUUAGAAUCCAGGUUCUGCAAGACCCGGAGAUGUCAAGACUGGGUUUUCGACAUUUCCGACAUUCAUCAUUCGGAGAAAGACUAUUAUGUACAAGUAGAGAAGCUGAAAAAUGCUCAUCUGCAUAAUAUGGAACAACUGGAGAAAAUGUAUGAUCGAAAAUUACAUCUGAAUGGGGUUCAUAACCCUGAGAAUGAAAAAAGAGUUGACGAGGAGGUCUACCGGUCGGCAUGGGAACCUAAAUCUCUGCUUCCAGCGCAACAUGAUCAUUUAAAGCAAAGUCGAAGCGUGUCUCCCAGCUUGGCAGAAAGCUCCCAUGAAUCAACCGAUGAAGACUACGGUGAUUCAGAACACUCGGUAUCUGCUAGAAAUAAAAUUCUUCACAUGUGGAAUGAAUUUACAGUGGAGGAUUAUGUCAGAGAUUCGGAAUACUUUUCCCAGGAAAUAGCAAAAAACAAAACCAGCAAAAAGUCCAAAGAGUGGUCCCACAAAAUUACCAUUCCUGAGCCUUUUCAGAUGACUGUUCGUGAAUCAAAGAAAAGAGAGAUGAAUAUCAAAUCAAAGUCAGAGAUUGAAUUGGAAAACAACUUGCUGAAGGAAAAGCUGGAAGAGGAGGCAGAGUGCCAAAAAAAGUUUCGCGCAAACCCUGUCCCUUCUUCUGUGUAUCUCCCUCUUUAUCAAGAAAUAGUGGAGAGGAACGAGGAACGGCGCAGGUUUGUAAAGGAGAAGAGCAAGGAGAUCCUCCUGGCGACACAGAAACCUUUCCAGUUCAUUGAGCGAGAGGAGCGCAAGAAAACACUUCGACUGGACCUCAUGCAAUUUUCCACAUCAGAAACCAGCACAAGCCAUUUUAAAGCAAAGCCGGUCCCGAAGUCUAUUUACGGAACGUCUAUCGUUGAACGACUGAAAGAAGAAGAGUUGUAUCGAGGAAUCCGGACACAUAUGAGAGCACAGGAACUCCUACAGAGUUCCUCAUAUCCUACUAGUACUCUUGCUUCUGGGGCUCACUCAGGCACUAAGAAAGGAAGAUGCUACAAGCUCAAAGGAAAACAAGAACACAAGCCAAAAAUCAGUGAUACCAUACCUCAUUUUCAAACCAUACAUGAAAAUCAGCAAAAACGUUUGUUGGAGAGCAAAUCUGCCAAACACGUUACACUUUGUGAGCCUUUCCAGCUACGCACCUCUAAUAUAACCUCUCAUAAGGAGAAGAUUGAAAUGGACAUUCAAGCAGACGAAGAAAACUUAAAAGAAACACGUUGGCCAUAUAAAUCUCCUAGGGCCUCAGCCCAAAUACAUUCUGCUGGGACAAUGAACCUGCGAUUAGAGACUCUGUCUCAAACCCCAAGAUCAACCGAGUCAUCAAAGAGGAGGGAGUACGCAAUCAGGAAGGCUAUUGAAGAAAGAGAAAAACUCGAAGAAGAUUGGAAAAAGAGAAAAGCCAAACAGAAGCAGAGAGUAAAACUAUUGAAGAAACGUAUAAUUGCCAGGGCAAAAGCUAACGACUCACACCAAAAUGUAUCCCCAGUGUCCCAUAGUAAAGUCAAAGAAUUAAGAAAAAGAGAAAAACAGAGGACAAAGGACUACAUGAAGGAGCUGGAAGCAAUGGAACAGCGAGUCCUGAACAAGCCAUUGUUGAUUGAGCGAGUAGCUCAGAGAAAUGCACUUCUGUCUGCUGAAAAGCAAUAUCUGAAUGUGCUGCAUGAGCUGGGGCUGUGCGAGGAAUUUGUUACAAAGAACGGACAAAGCUCCAGUGUCGAUGAACAUGUCGGUGUCAGAGAAGAGAAGAAGAUCCCCCAGGGAGAAAGCACGGAAGGUACACUGGCCCUUGAAGACUUGCUGGAUGAUGAAGAGGAUGAUAAAUACGAUUGUGAGAGUGAGGAAGCUGAAGAGGAAGAUGCCUAUAGCACUGACGAGGAUCACAGAAUAGAGGAGAUAUAAAAGAAAUGCACCGAUUCAAAUGAGAACAGCAAAACAAUGUGUGUGCGUGUGUUUGUGAACAUUUCUAUUUUUUUUAUGUUAAAAUCAUUUUUUUUUUAAAAAAAAUACAUGUUUUUUUAUAUGUUUUAAUAUACAGUGGAUACAUAAAAAUCAGGGUCAUAUUUAAUCAUAAGGCAAUGUGACAUUUUUUUAAAAAUAAGCCAAAAAAUGAACAUGGGUAUUUAACAAACCAUAUUAUUUAUUUUGCAGUUUAUUUGUCAUUGUGUGCCAAACCCAUAACACAUCCCUGAAAUAUACUGUCCCGGCGCGGAAUAAAAUAUUAGCAUGUGACUCUUGAGAUUUAGCAACGUGUGACUGUUGUAUCUAAUCACAUGUCAAUCAUCCCCACGUGCAGAGCUUCUAUGUGACUAUUAUAUAUCUCAUAGUGCUGUGCAUACAGGUCAUGUUUAUGCAACUGAUCUGAAUGAUGGUGCUGCCACCUAGUGGCAAUAAAUAACCCUUUACUAAA